UGGGUGUAAAGGACAGAUGAAUGCUCUUCAGACAGACAGCCUCGAAUAACAGUGGACAGGACAUCAACUUGGUAAAUCAUUUAUUCUAUACAAAGAGGGACAAUACAUAAACGCUUCUUUAUGUCAAUAUCAGGCUGACUGACAGAGAAUGGACACCAUGUGGAGGAGCCUGUCCAGAUAUAUAUGUAUCUUCUUCCUGCUGGCCCUGUCAGGCCUCUUCUUCCUGUUCAGCAACAUGAACAUUCUGGAGCAGAAGCUCAACUGCCAAGCAGUGUCAAUGUUCUACCGGCACCAAAGCAACAUCCACUCAGCUUUGCUCCCAGAGGGCCCUUCUCCUCUGGACCGCAAUCAGAGCUACUGUAGCCAGGAGCCCUCACUGGAGGAGGCUCUGGAGGAGCGUGACCUCCUAGAGUCCAUCGCCUGGCCACAGCCUCUGCCCCAUUCUGUGAAUGUGUCCCUGAAACAGACCAGUGACCCUGCACACAGCCUUUUUGUGAUCCUGCCAGCAGGGGGCAGGAGAGAGUGGCACGUGGGGAACCAGUUGGAGGCUCUGGUCCAUAUGCAUGACUUCCAGGGGCGUCCCAAGAGCUAUGGUGGAGACUUCUUGCUGGCCCGGCUGCAUUCCUCCACAUUAGGGGCAGGCGUUGCAGGACAGGUGCUGGACCACAGGAAUGGGACCUACUCUGCCAUUUUCCCGUUACUAUGGCAGGGGUCUGCACAGGUGGAGGUGACACUGGUCCAUCCUAGUGAGGCAAUUCAUGUUCUACGACGGAUACGAGAGGAACGGCCCGACCGGAUUCCCUUUCAGAGUCUGUUCCGCUCUGGAAAACUGUCCCAGACAACUGUAUGUAACCUGUGUCUGCCGACCAACCAGAAGCCGCUGUGCAAUUACACAGACCCCCACACAGGGGAGCCCUGGUACUGCUACAAGCCCAAGCUGCUGAGCUGUGACACACGGAUCAACCACGCCAGGGGACCCUAUGUGAACCAUCUGCUCGUGAACAAGGAGGCAUUGCUCUUUCAAAGUGGUGUAAAUAUCAAAGUUCCCAUUCAUCCUUCAGGGUCUGACAGUGUCAUUGUGCUGCCUGAGAAAAAAGACAAAGCAGACGUGGAGAGAAGCAGCAUGAAGACAGAGUCUACCAGGAUCACUCCUUCCGGGUAUUACUUCCAAGGGUCAUGGCGAGCUCUGGGUGGUGGUGUGAUGCGCCAGUUUAACAUCUCAUCUGCCACUCAGUGUCUGAAGGGCAAGGUGGUGUACAUGUACGGAGACUCUACUGUCAGACAGUGGUUCGAGUACCUCAACACCUUAGUACCAGGUAAGUCUUGCGGCAUCUUUCACUCUCUACUGUGCUUUCUAACACUCUCUUCUUUUUGUCCAACUCCCAACUCGCCCUUCCUCUUUGUGACAGACCUGAAGGAGUUCAACCUUUACAGUCCUAAGAAUGUGGGGCCCUUCAUGGCAGUGGACAGCACCCACAACAUCCUGCUGAAAUACCGUUGUCACGGUCCUCCAAUCCGCUUCAACACUGUCAUCGCCAGUGAGAUGCGCUAUGUAGCUAAUGAGCUGGAUGGCCUAACUGGUGGGUCAAAUACUGUGGUGUUCAUCAGCAUAUGGUCCCAUUUCAGCACCUUCCCUGUGCAGGUAUACAUUCGCCGACUACGCCACAUUCGGCGGGCGGUGGUGCGGCUUCUGAACCGGGCUUCGGGGACCCUGGUGGUGUUGCGCUCGGCCAACCUCCAGGCCCUGGACCCAAAAGUGAGCCUGUACAAUAGUGACUGGUUCUCAGUGCAGCUGGAUGGGGUGCUCAGGGCUAUGUUCAAGGGUCUGGAUGUUGUACUGAUAGACGCCUGGGAGAUGACCCUUGCCCACCACCUCCCCCAUGCCCUCCACCCACCUCCUAUCAUCAUCAAGAACAUGAUAGACAUUAUCCUCUCUCAAGUCUGCCCAGAGUAGGGCUAGCAGAUUAAGAAUGAUUUAUAUCAGAAUUUUAUCAUUCAACACCUACAGUAUACAAUAUUUUUAAAAAUCCUAGAAAUACCAAAUUCUGCAUUAUGUGUUUUUACUGUUGUCACAUCACUCUUGAUAGUAUCACCGAUAUUUAAUAAGCUUACGUAUCGGCCACACGGCCCUCGUCAGAGCUUUUGUUAUGUCGGUAAAACCACCCGCUCUCUCAAACAGAGAAUUAGUGAACAUAAAAGUUCAAUCAGGAGAAACGACUGGGAUUAUCCAGUCGCUGUACAUUUCAAUGACCUGAAGCAUGACAUUUCCACCUUUAGAUUUUGUGGCAUAGAGAAAUUUAAGAUAUCAGAUAGGGGAGGAGAUAUUAACAAUACUCUGAGUAAAAGAGAAUGUUUUUGGAUUUUCACCCUCCAGACAUUAUUUCCUAAAGGACUUAAUGAUGAAAUGCUUGUUAUGUUGUGAAUUUGAACAUGAAAUAUGUGUCUCUUGUAGAUUAUUCUGACGUUUUUCGAACGAUGUACCCUAUGACUAAUGAAAACUUACUAUGUCCUCAUUGAGAAUUUACAGACGUGUUCAAUACGCCUUAUUUAUACACUUUUGUAAUAUUUAUGAAAUGCAUAUUGUUAUAUUUGGUAGCACUUAUUUGUUUUUCCUUUGCCUACAACCCCCUUCGAUGUGUAGAACGGAUGUGGGUGGGGCCAGGUCUACAUAAGGGUGCACA